UCUGUUUUUAAACACUUAUUUAAGAUGUCUUGUAAACUGAAUUGUUGAACUAUGUAUUGUCCCUGAUCUUCGUAACUAGCACUCUAGUGUAUUUUAUUUGACUCUAUAAGAGAAAUCUUUGUGACAGUUAUGUGCGUGCAUGCAACUGUGAGUUUUGUCGUUUUCCCAACACUUCAAAAACAUCUUUGAUGUUUUUAUAUCUUAGACUGAGACCGUAUCACUUUGAUGGGAUAUAGAUCAUCAUGUAUGACUUUGAUGAAUUCAUGUUGAGUAAUAAUGAUGUUGUGCUCAGAAGUAUUGCUGAAGAUCUUCGGAAUUGCUUACCCAUUGAGGCAAUGCUUAACUCGGAACAUCUAGCAAUUAAAAAAAUACUUGACCAGCGAGAGCCGACAGUUCAUGUUGAUGCAUUCCUUUAUGAUGAUGAUAUUAUUGAUUCAUUGUGUGAGAAGGGAAAAAUGAGUAGAAACUACUGUGUAGUGUGUGGCUCACACAAGACCGCACCUUUAGAGUUUAUUUCUCAUUCCUUUUCCCUCAUGGAACUGAAGUUUCUUUAUCAGUAUGCAUUGCCUGACCUGACAGGAAAGAUUCUGGUUGACGUUGGCUCCAGGCUUGGUGCAGUGCUAUUUGGGGGCUAUCUUUACAGCUCAGCAUCCCAGCUAUAUGGAGUGGAAAUGAAUUCAGACUUUUGCCAGUUGCAAGAAAUGAUAAUCACAAAAUACCAAUUUACAGACAGAGUAAAGGUGCUUCAUUCAGACAUCUGUACUCAGGCUUCACUCCUUCAAAAUGCUGAUGUUGUUGUAAUGAAUAAUGUCUUUGAAUAUUUUCUCGACAGACUGGAACAGGCCAGAGCCUGGGAAUUUAUCAGUCAUAAUAUGAGGAAAAAAGGGUCAUUAUUAGUGACAGUCCCAAGCCUUGAAGAAUCUAUCUCAAACCUACAGACGGAUAUACUGCUCAGCCAGUGGGUAGAAGAGAUGAAGUUGGACUAUGAUGUAUACAUGGAAAAGGAUAUUGAUAGAGAAGCACUUGAACAAAUUCAUUUGUACAAGAUUAUCUAGCAUACAGACUGAUUUACUGAUAACAGUAUAAAAUCAUUGACUUCAGAGGGAGCUGUGUGAAAGGACUGUAGGAUUAAGCCCUAUUUCCAAAAUAAAUCGUGAAAAAUCUUACUAUUUAUUUUAGAAAUUAUACAUAUUCUCACUAAUGAAACGGGAGCUUUUGAGAACAUAUUUUGAGAUGUCAAAUUUGCAUUAAAGUUCUCAGUGUGUCAUAACAGUACAAUAAAUUUUAGCCACUAGGUAUCUCUGUAGCUUCAUUCUGCAUGGAAGUGUUUUGAAAGAAUGGCAGUCUACUAACACCAGAAGAGUCCAUCUUGUGCACUAUUAAUGGCUGUGAACCUCCCAAAUUUAAAAAAAAAAAAAUGUAUUAACAGAAAAAUAGAGACCCACUAUUUAAAUGUGAAUGGUAUUCAUAUAUUUAACACAGCUUUAUUUAAAAGCUUUAAUAUAUUAUGUUGGUGUUUAAGUACUGACAAACUUACAGUACUGCUAUUAAUAUUCUGCCUAUGGAAUUCCUGAUUUU